UGUGUGUGCCACGACGUGACUAACAGCUCACGACUCACGACGGUGAGAUCGGCAGUCAGGCAAGGGGCCACGGGAGUCGCGAGAGCAGCAAUGGAAGGCGAGCGAGAGAGCGCGACUCGGAGGCAACGAGAACACACCACGGAACACGGAAUCGUCGUGCAAAGAAGGACGAGAAGAAACCAAAGAAGAAUCAAGGAGGAGGAGGAGGGAGAGGCGAGCUCUCGAAUGGUUCACCGCUUUCGCCGAGUUCGAAGGCAAAGCGAGCAGGAAAAGGGCUCCCGUGUCUGUGAGUUUUGCAGCUGUGCGUUCUCCUUCCUUUGUGUCGGUUCGCAGUACUUCGAGCUCGGUCAAUGACUGGGAAGCACACGUGAUAAUUGGACGGAUUGCCUUUUGGCUGGUGCUCUCGCGUGUGGCACCUGGCUCAAGAAAGAUGUUAAAGAAAAGUCGCGCUGCCGAGUCCCGACCUCGCACGAGGGUCAAGCAGCCAGUGCUCGCUUCGUACGCUCGACGCUGCACACGUGAUCGUUUUCUUCGAUUUCGCUCUCUCCCUCGCUCGCCUGCAUCCGCGUACAACUCGUUCGUGACUUGGCGAGAAUGCAUCGAGGAAGCUUCCUCGAUGCAAAGGGCUUUCUCUCGCAGUCUCGUUCUCGUGGAAAUUUCAAGACGCCCGAGAUGAGGAGGGGAAAACGAGGCAGCGAGAUCGGAAGAGAAUGGUGCGCUUUGGUGCUUUCACUGCUCCGGAAGGACGGUUAACAUCGAAUUUUGCUGAGACUAACAAUCGGAGGGGUCCCACGAUAAUGUGAGAAAUAAAAAGGCGCCCCGAGUACGCGCCACAAACUCGAGUAAUUCCCAUGAUACUUAUUAUUGUUCUGCGUAUGAUAGACUUCAGUCGGGAGAAUCGAGCAAUCCGUUUUGCUGCAUUUUUCAUUCUCACUGAGCCCCAAAGAAACUGCGCGAGGUUUCUUGCUAAUAUGGAACGAGAGCCUUUAGUGAAAACGAAACGAAGGAUAAAAAGAAAGAGCUCGUGGAUUCUUACGGCGCUCGCUCGCCGUCCGCUCGCCUGUUGCUUCCAACGGUUCAUUAUUUUCCUUUUUCCACCUGCGACACACAAGCUUUUACGCAAUUGGGAGAGGCGGAACUAAUUCAUUUGACUCGGUUUCUUUGAAAUCUAUAAAAACGAGGAAACGACGGUCCAACGACCAUUUUUACCGCGAUAUUCCCAUGGAAAAAUCAAUUUUUACUGUGAUUCGUUUGUUUUCCCGAUGAACGAAUGCACUCGUCCAAUAACUCUAGCUCGGGUGCACGAGUGUCAAGUUCGCCGGGUGGCCUACGUCCGGCGACAAGGGGCAAGUCCACGUGGUUCGAGCACCACCUUCGCUGGGGUUGAAACUCCAACUUCGAGGUUUUAUAACUCCAGUACAACUGCUGGCUGGCAACACUAAACCUUUCGUUUUUCGUGUACAAAGCGUUCGUCGUUUCAUUUACAUUUGGACUCACCUCCAUUCGAGAACGUUCCACACGAAAACACCGGAGCGCUUUUCCAUGCGAGUGCAUGUUUUUUUCCUACCGAAUCGACACACGAGCAGAGGGUUGAAAAAGCGAGCGAGGGUGGUGGUAAAAGUACACCACCCCUAUCUCCUGUCCAGCGAGACACGAACCGAAGGGGUCAAGUCCGUUCCGUCGUGGUUGGACAGUCCGGUUGGAGCGAGCGUUCGCUUCGCACCUCAGCGAUAAAGGGACCGAUUUCAAUCGAGAUUAUCAACGAAGUAGCGCGAAUUUGCCUCGCGGUAUGGAAUUUUGAUCGUCACCAAUAAGAUUUCGUCGAACCCUGACGAAUGGUGCUGCUGAAAAGCCCGUCGCCGAAACGUGGCGGAAGCCCUCAGCGGGACGCGGUCGGAGCGAAAUCUACGGGCCAGGAACGACGCGAGAGGAUCCAUCGACGAUCGAGAGGGAACAGUCCGAGCGAGAGAUCGAACGGCUCGAGAGGAAGCAGCCCUGGCAAAAGUAGCGCGGGCUCGAAAGAAAAAUCUCCGAGUUUGGCAGCUUCGCGAGGGAGCGAAAUCGGAAGUAUCGAACGCCUGGCUGACGGUGACAAACGAGUUAUUGCUUCGCAACGCCUGCUUCCUGAAGACAAUAUCAACGUAGUUGUCAGGGUUCGUCCUUUGAGUAUCAAAGAAAAAAAAUCCGGCGAGUCGUCCGCAGUUCAUUUUCCUGGCAGUGGGCAAAUUCACUGCGAAGGACCGUCAAACAGUGGGGACAAGAAAGCCAAACUCUUCUCGUACAAUGUCGUAUUCGAGCCUGCUGCCAGUCAGGAAGAUGUUUUGCAAUUUUCGGGCAUCAAGAAACUCAUCGAAAUGGCGGUCGAGGGCUUCAGCACUACAGCCUUUUGCUACGGUCAGACGGGCAGUGGAAAAACUCACACGCUCACGGGUCCUCCAGGGCUAUUCGAAAAUGGAAAUCCCUACUCCGAGGAUCACGGCCUCGUAUUCCGCUCCUUCGUUUACCUCUUCAGGGUCCUGCAGGAGAGAAAAGAGUGCCACUUCAUUCUCAAAGCUUCCUUCCUCGAGAUUUACAACGAAAAGGUGAUCGACCUUCUGAAUCCUGGCUCCUCGAGGAAACCUUUGGCUGUCAGAUGGAGCAAAAAGAUACGAGGCUUCUUCGUCGAGAAUCUCUUCACCGUCGAGUGCGAAGAGCUCGACGAUCUUUUGGCAGUUCUCGAAGAAGGAAUGAGAAACAGGUCGGUGGGUACGCACAACAUGAACGAACAUUCCAGUCGCAGUCACACGAUUCUCACGGUCCACAUAACUUCUGAACAGCAGAUGGAGAACGGAGUAUUUAUAUCGAAGCAGGGCAAAAUUAAUUUCGUUGAUCUCGCCGGGAGUGAGAUGACGAAAAAAACUCAGAGCGAGGGAAAAACGCUCGAGGAAGCGAACAACAUCAACAAGAGUCUCAUGGUCUUAGGAUAUUGCAUAGCUUCGCUGAGUGACGGCAAAAAAAAGGGUGGUCACAUUCCUUACAGGGAUAGCAAAUUGACGAAACUUUUGGCGGACAGUCUCGCCGGAAACGGAGUAACUCUGAUGAUCGCGUGCGUCUCACCGGCGCGGUCGAACUCGUCCGAAACUCUCAACACUCUGAGAUACGCGGCAAGAGCUAAGAAAAUCCGUACGAAGCCGAUCGUGGUCAUGGAUCCGAGAGAAGCCUUGAUCCUCAGCCUGAAACGCGAAGUCACCGCUCUUCAGACCGAAAACGAUCAUCUCCGAAGCGCUCUGCACCUCGGCAACGAAUCGAGCGGUCUCAAACGAUCCGAUUCAAAAGCUGGAGAAAGGCGAGUCCCCAUGACGCCGCCUCCGGUCGACCUGGACAAGCUGGCGGAACUGGAGUCGGGAGAGCUCAGUCAAUUGUUGCGAGCUUACAUAACCGAGAACGAAGCAUUGCGGCGGGAGAAUGCAGAAUUGUACGCAACGCGGGAACAAGUGAUGCGGGAUCAGGAGCUCGUCUGCCGAGAGAACGAGAGGUUGCUCAAGAAAUUGGAAGAUGUUAAUUCGGUUUGCUGUCGUUCGCCGAUCAUUCCAGCCCGACCGACCUAUUCCGCGGAGAUGCUUCACGCCUCUUUGGACGACGUUCCCGGCGCGACGAACAUAUGGACGAAUCCGAACGCGGAUACGAACAGCACACCUACGUUCACCACUUCGAACGAGGGAAAAAACAACGAGCAGUCGAGUACCAGCGGCAAUAUCCCGGACAAACUCCUCAAAGAACUGGACAAAAGAAUCGUCGGCAGUUUUAGCAACAUAGCAGAGACUUAUAGAGACAAAAUAAGCCAUCAUCGACGGCACAAUUCGUGGGACAAUGGCCGCGGCUCCGGGAGCAGUCCUGAUCAGACUUAUUCCCCGGUUGAAACGAAUCACAGAAGCAGGAAAUCCCCGUUCAGAAGAACGUCGACGGUGCCCGAGGAAAUAUCGUCGUCGAGCGUCGCCGACGUUCUGGGCGUCCCGGUACUACCGCUCCAAAAUUCCCCGAAUGGAACUCCAGACUCCCUGUUGAGUGGGCCACUGGUCGACGGCCAGGGAUCAGCUCCGGACACCGGGGAUUCGAUCAACCCGACGAUCCCAUUUCCACCGAUUUCACGAUCAUCCUCUCCCUUCGUCUCACUCGCCGAUCACGAGAGUAAAUCCAACGGUCUUGACUCGGGACAAAAACUACGAAGAUCGAGACGUCGUGCGAUGGAUAAUGGUCACGAAGAUCUGAGCGCUCAACGAGCAUUCGGCAGCCCAGUUUCUCUCGACGGCGACCAUUUUUAACUGCUUGCGUUCAAAUAUUCAUUCAUUUCUUUUUUUUUUUUAAUCCGAAAUACCAAAUCUCCCAUCGAGAAGAAAGAAAAAAACUCAUAAAUAUUGCUAAUUGACUCAACCAAAGUUUGUCGCUGUAAUUUUAUUUUGUAAACAGUCGUUCGAUGUAAACUGCGAAUUUCAUUUAUUUCGUAAAUUUUUUAUAUUUAUUAAAAUAACCGCAUACCCGAAAUAUCCGCCAUUGCGAAUGAAUCGUCGGUUUUUACGUAGCAAAAUCAUAGAUUCACAUCGAUAUACAGUUGGCCUAUGUUAGGCCUUUUCCUCUCUUCGUUUAUGACUGGUCAUUCGCAAAAUAUUUUGUGCUAUCUUCAACCAAAAUUCUCCAUUCAUGUCACAGUACUUGAUAUUAUUAGAAAAAAAUAGACCGUAUAGCCCUGGCAUUGACGAUGAAAGUGUGCGCCUAUAUAAUUAGAAAGAAGGAAAAAAAAUGUUUGUGAAAUUGAAUUUUUAUUUACGAGAAUAUGCCUGUACAUUCUUGUACAUAAUAGUAUUUUUUUUUUGUGAUUAUUUUGAUUUAGAGGAUUGUGAAAAAAAAACAAUAAAAAGAAUUAU